GGUCCAUCCUAUGCUUGCCAGACCUGGAGGAUGAAGACGGAAGAGGCUCCAUCUUGUCUCCAGCAGGCCACGCCCGUCCUGGGCUAUGGCAUGUGCAGGCGGAAGAUGUGGGUGUAAAGGCAAUGAGAAGAAUGAGAACAAAAGUCCUUGCUCCCAUUGGCCCCCUACCUGCCCUGAUUGUGUGUGUGUGUUCAGCAUGCCAAUCCAAGGAAGAGAGAUCUGCUGCAAGUGCUGCCCAAGCUCAGAGUCCAAAAUGCGGGAGGUUUGUGCUGGCUGCAACACCCCGAUCUCCGACCGCUUCCUCCUGAGGGUGAAUGAGCGUUCGUGGCACGAAGGCUGCUUGAAGUGCGCCGCUUGCCUGCAGGCUCUCUCCGGCACUUGCUACUGUCGCAACCGGCAGCUGUAUUGCAAGCAUGACUAUGAAAAGCUCUUCCAGACUAAAUGCAGUGGUUGCCUCAAAGCAGUGGCUCCCUCAGAGUUCAUCAUGCGGGUGCUGGAAAACGUCUAUCACGUCCACUGUUUCUCCUGCUGUGAGUGCGAGAGGCGGCUGCAGCGUGGUGAUGAGUUUGUGCUCAAAGAAGGGCAGCUGCUUUGCCGCAGUGACUAUGAGAAGGAGAGAGACAUGCUGAGCGCCAUCAGCCCCGCUCCCACCGAGUCAGUGAAGAGUGAGGAUGAGGAUGGGAGCCACCCGCAGGGCAAAGGCAGCGAGGAAGCCAAGGACCACAAGCGCUCCAAGCGGCCACGGACCAUCCUCACCACACAGCAGCGCCGGGCCUUCAAGGCCUCCUUCGAAGUCUCCUCCAAGCCCUGCCGGAAGGUGAGGGAGACGUUGGCAGCUGAAACAGGCUUGACUGUUCGGGUGGUGCAAGUUUGGUUCCAGAAUCAAAGAGCCAAGGAGCAUCCGUCCUCCUCCUUGCAGAUGAAGAAGAUCGCCCGCAGGCAACAGCAGCAGCAGCAGCAGGAGCAGGAGCAGCUGGGCAAUCCACGCCUGGGCACCGGAAGGGGGACCGGAAGGAGCAGCAGGCAAAGCAAUGAAGACAGCGAAGAUGGUGCCAGUGUGCAUGGAAUCGAGGGUCUGAUGGUGCCAUACUCCAGGAUUGCCCAACAGCAGCUGCUUCCCCUGGAUCAGAACAGCUACAGCACAGACUUGUACCGGCAAGGACUCACCCCACCCCAGCUGCCAGGAGACCAUCUCCACCCCUAUGAUUCAGAAGGCGUCUUCCACGACAUGGACAGUGACACCAUUGGCCAUUUGGGUGACUGCCUGCUGUCAGCGGCUGAAGCCAACCUCCUGCAGACCCGAGUGGGCAACCCCAUUGACCGCCUCUACUCCAUGCAAAGCUCCUAUUUCACCUCCUGACCGUGGGGACGUUCCUGGCUCUUCCCCCUGAUCUAUGCCACUCUGGGCUUAGAAGUGUGGAACGGCACGGAGGAGCAAGCCCGUUGCAUUUGGAAGGACUCUUUGGACCCUGCAAAGUGAAGGAGGCAUGCAAGGCUGCCGGGCAUUUGAGGGCCAAGCCUUAGGUGCUGAAGUUGAGUCUCAGAGGACUUUGCUGCACUGCCUCUCCCCUUGCCCUUCACCCAGUGUCCUAGAGAUGGACAAUUUCACAUUGUGUAGCUUGUAUUUCUAGCAGUGUGUUUUUGUGCUUAAACUGUGUAGGGCAUUAAGGCUAAUUUGAUGCAUCACCAGCAGGGACGGGAGACCUGGCUCAUGCUGGGAACAAGGUUUCCAGGGCCACUGGGCUGCUUUUCAUCCAGCUUGUUGUUCCUUGUUAAUACUCUGCAACCUUGGCACAACUAAGAGCUUCCUUUUCAGGAACAUGAGGAGUCUGAGAGGUGCUUUAGAAACAUUAGGUUAGUUUUAUACUUUAACUAUUAUGCCACUCUAAAGAAUUAUGGGAAAUGUAGUUUGCAGAAGGUCCUGAGAGUUCCCCACUAGAGCUACUUAACCCCCCCCCCCCCCGAGAGGGGAAAUGAAUGUUAAACUAGAUAUGAUUAUAGUGAAAACAUGCUCUUAGAUUCAAAGUGUUCCAAGCAUCUCAAACAGAGGGUCUAGAGCAGGGGUGGGGAAUCUGUGGCCCUUCAGAUGCUGCCAGGCUGCAAUUCUCAUCAGCUCUUGCCAGCAUGGCCCAAUGAUCAAGGAUGAUGGCAGCCAGAAUCCAGCAAUUGCCGGAGAGCCACUAGUUCCCCAUCCUUGCUGUAGAUGGAAGGCAGUUUUGCUCUCUGUUCAUCCUUCGACUCCCUUGCUCUUGAACACCUCCAUCUUCUCUUUAAGCUCUGCCCCAAAUACUUUCCAUUGGCCACUUGAUGCUUGCUGGAGAUUUCACACAAUAUAUUCCCUGCAGGGUGGUUUCAUUAGCCAAGGCAGCACAGCAGACCUCAGAACAGUUCCUUCCAUCAUCAUAGCAGCAAAAAAAAUCUGGAUCCUCUUGUCCUGUUUAAAAACCUCCAAGGAAGGAAAGUCUACCACCUCCCAAGGGAGACUGUCCCACUGUUGAACAGCUCUAA